GGCUGGGAUACGUAAGUUUCGUUGCCCCGCCGGUAACAGAGAGUCGUGACGAAAGAGCUGCGACAAGCCAGGUCCGCAAUUUGUACUGUGCAAAAUAUAACCUCUUCUUCCUUCAAAAUCUCCUUGACUUACUCGUGUACCAAGACAAUUCGGUCAGUUUGACACUUGACUGCGAAUUCUGUAUGCGUAAUCUGUAUUCUGCUGUCUGUAACUGACCCAAUUGGGUUCGAUUUAAUUGUAUAUUUUUUCUGUUGUUUUGAAUUCGAAUCUUGUCUGUGCCAAUACGUAAUUGCACUCCAAUACCAACCCCCCAAACCUCGUGAUCAAUUGAAGGAGGAAAAAAGCACGAAAAAAGCCCCAGAGCCACGAAAUCUCCAAGAUGCGGUUCGGAAAGACUCUACGAGAGUCCAUCUACCCGCCAUGGAAGGACCAGUACAUCGACUACUCGAAGCUGAAGACGAUGCUGCGGGAGGAUCGACGAGAAGACGAGGACGUGCCCUGGACCGAGGACGACGAGAACCGGUUCUGCGACGAGAUCUUCAACGUGCAGCUCGACAAAGUCGCGCGAUUCCAAGAGAAGAUCGUCAGCUCUCUGAAGGAGCGCGCGGAGGUAGCCUUCGAGAAGCUCAAGGACAUGGCGCCUUCGACCGACGACAAGGAAAAGCCCAAGAGCGACAUCACGACGGCGCGCCUGAAGGAGCUCAAGAGCGAGCUCGACUCUAUCACGAACGAGGUCAAGGAGCUGAAGAAGUACAGCAGCGCCAAUUACACCGGCUUCUUGAAGAUCGCGAAGAAGCACGACCGCAAGCGUGGCGACCGAUAUAAGGUGCGGCCCAUGAUGCGGGUCAGCUUGUCCGAGCAUGGUUUCAAUUCGGAGCAGGCGUAUUCGCCCCUGCUCACGAAGCUGUCAUUGAUGUACUAUGCCAUAAACCAGAAUCUCGACGAGGGCGAACAACGACAGCCGCUAGAUUUGGACUUGGAGAAUCAGCAGGAGGUGCACAACGGAGAACGUUACACCGCUCAUAAAUUUUGGAUACACCCCGACAACCUCCUUGAAGUCAAGACCGCCAUCUUGCGACACCUGCCUUCGCUUGUCUACACCCAGCAAGCCGGGAAAGAACCCGACGGCAACAACGACCCCAAGAUCACGUCCCUCUAUUUUGAUAACUCCAAAUUUGAAAUAUAUGGUAUCAAGGUAGAUCGCCAGGUUGAAGCCUCAUCUUUGAGACUGCGCUGGUAUGGCCAGUUGGAUUCGAAGCCCGAUAUUGUCCUUGAACAAAAGAUAGUACAUGACAAUGGCAUCAGCGAGGAGAAGAAGUUUCACAUAAAGGACAAAUAUAUCAAACAAUUCAUCGAUGGGGAUUACAAGAUGGAAAAGACGAUCCAGAAGAUGGAAAGACAAGGCCAGUCUGCCGAAGCUAUCGAAUCUUUCAAGACUACUGCGGGAGAGAUCCAAGACUUCAUUAUCAAGCGCAGGCUCGAACCGAUCCUAAGGGCCAAUUAUACCCGUACGGCGUUCCAGAAGCCUUCUGAUGACCGCGUCCGGAUCUCGAUUGAUACCGAUAUUGCCUUUAUUCGCGAAGAUACCUUAGAUCGUGACCGGCCGUGCCGCGAUCCUCAGGAGUGGCACCGAAGAGACAUCGAUAACGGUAACAUGACGUUUCCAUUCAAGAAUAUAAACCAGAGUGAGGUGUCGAGAUUUCCGUAUGCACUCCUGGAGAUCAAGUUAAAGGAGGAAGGUGGUCGCAAACGACCAAGGUGGGUAGAGGAUUUGAUGGUUUCUCAUCUCGUCCAUGCAGCUCCGAGGUUCUCAAAAUUCGUUCAUGGUGUCGCAUCUCUCUUCGAGGACUACGUCAACCACCUACCCCUAUGGCUCAGCGAUCUCGAAACAGACAUCCGAAAAGAUCCGCAAACGGCGCACGACGAAGAAGAGCAGCGUAAAGCGCAGCAGGCGGAAGACGCAAUGGUCGUGGGCAGUUUCUUAGGUGGUGGUGCCGCCGCCAAAAUGGGUUCCUACAAGCCAGCAACAAGUUCACCAGUCGGGAAGUCGUAUCUCUCGGAGCGAGCUGCUAGAGACGCUCGGGAUGCCAAAGCCUCUCUACCACCAACCGCCGUAAACAAAGAUGUCGAGCCGGGUGAGGAAGAGGGUACAACACAGCAGAGAAGCUAUGGGACCCUUUCAUCCGUCUUCCCCGGCUUUUCUCUGUCUCGAUAUUCCCGGGCCAAGCGACAACGGGCGCAGCUCCCUGAAGGUGUUACCAAGCCCGAGGUUUGGCUCAAAAACGCGGGUCCGCUACAAGUCGAGCCGAAGGUGUGGCUCGCCAACGAGCGGACGUUCCUCAAGUGGCAGCAUAUAUGUAUCCUACUAGGCAGUUUGGCAAUCAGUCUGUACACAGCAGCGGGAGAGAAUUUCCUCGCUGAGUGCAUGGGCAUUGCCUAUAUCGUAAUCGCCAUUAUGGCCGGGGUUUGGGGAUAUACCAUGUUACACAAGCGUCGCGACAUGAUCAUGGAGCGUAGCGGCAAGGACUUCGACAACAUGAUUGGGCCGCUGGCUGUCAGCGCUGCCUUGAUGCUCGCUCUGAUAUUGAACUUUGUGUUUUCGUACCGGGCCGCGUUUGCGAGAUUGGAUAAACAACUGUUGAAUGAAACCGAGGCCAUGUUUCCGAUUGGCGAGUUGAUGUAGAGUAGAGAGGCAAAGAAGUUAACGGUAGUAAAUAUUUGUGUUACCAC